AAAAUAUUGUGAAAAUAGAGCAUAUCGUCCAGCCAUCGAGAAUAAUCUCGACAUAUCUAAGCGAUCGCUAGUGAUUGUGUUUUCCUUGUCCUCAUCUAUGCAGCAGGAUUUUGCGAGUUUUCGCGCCAGUUUGGCCAAUAUGGUCAAUGGAAUGGAGGGCUCAAGCAAUCACAUUACUAGCUUCGUAUUCUGGGGAUUCGUGCUGACAGAUUCAAACAUCCCGACUUAUUAUGUCGCUCACGGAACACAGGUCUCUGAUUUGGACUCAAUAUUUGAUGUCCUAACGUUUUCCGACGCCGCUCCAAAUCAACCAUUUCUUUCUGCAGUCAUUCAAGCUCAGCAGUUUUAUGGAGACGCUCGUGCAUUCUCUAAUCGUGCAUUCUCUAACAUUCUUGUUUUCACGGAUUCCGGAGCAUCUGACGCUACAGUUAAUAAUAAUUUGUUUUCUGCAAAUACACCAGAGCAACUUUUGAUAACGCAAACAAACACAUGGCACAAUAAGCUGACGUUUAUCCUGACACAAAACCCAAAAAAGCCCAUGAGUACAUCAGCUAACAGUUUUGACGUCUACAGGCGACUAGCUGUAGCCACACAUGGUGAUUUACUCGUAAUAGACAAAAGUGAUGUGUCAAAUGUAAUGGAAAAUGUUCUGAACACCUACCACAAAAUGGAAAAUCUUGUUGUUCGUUACGGAUUUAAUUGUAAUGAUAUAAAGAUAGACUUAACGGGAGAUAACGAUUCUACGAAGAAACUCCGAGUUCUUCUCACUGUUGACAAAAAUGAUCGUAACCCUGCAAGGUUUGACGAGCCAUACGUUACCGACAUGUAUCGUAAUCAGCUGAAGAUCGCCUCAUAUGGACAAUAUUACGCGUUCUAUGAGAUUCCCGCCGCCAACGCAGCUGGAAGCAUACGAGUUAUUUCGCCAACAGCAGGCCUCACUUGCUCUCUUCGAGUAUUUUUGAACACAAACAACGCAGUACUGCUUAGUUACAUGAAUAAUCGUCAGAUAGACAUCGGAAGCCCAAUCAUGUAUCAAGGUAUUCCCCAGGUAGCGUCUGGUCUUCCACUGGGUUACUCCGGCUUCGAUCUUACGCAGAUACAACGGCUGGAUCCACGCAGCGGUAAUCCACUAGCCUCUGCUGUACGAGGCUUUAAACGUGCUGGAGUGGCUACAUACGCUUAUGAGUUUGAUGAUCUCCCCAACUGCACAGCCGGACCUUUUGUACAACAAGUCCAGUUAACUUCAGGAGAUGACUUUAUCACACGCGUGCUGCCAGGAUACUGUGCGUUGCCUGGUCCACAUCUGAUGCAAAGUCAAACGUUGAAGUCAUCCGCCGCCUCUGUAAAAGGUAGUUCAGGUUCUGGUCUACUCUCAAUGCGAUUCUGUACUGGAACUCCUACCCCUGUGGCUCCCGUUAUUCGCGGAACACAUGAUUUUUUGGCACGCGCCAUACUUGAUCCACUUGAUCCAUUUCGCUAUUGA